ACGACAGCGGGGCCGUGCUGCCACGGUGGGUCCGCGGGGCGGGUGGGGUCCCCUGGCUCUCCCCGGCAUCCCCGAGCAUCCCCCCGGCAGCCCCCGCCCCGAGAUCUCCCACCCACCCCUGGGUCCUCAACCCCACCCGCAUCGGGGUCUCUCCGUCCCCUCCCUGGCUUGGGGAGGGGUCCCUGCGGGUCCUGCGUGGGGGGGUCGGUGCUGAGGCUCCCCCUCUCUGCGCUGCAGCCUUCCCCCCCCCCUUCCCCAUCUCUCCCUUAGCUCUGCUGGCGCUGGGGGCUGGGAGCGGCCCUGGGGCUGAAUCCCCCCCCGCCCAGAGCAGAGCGUGUUUUGCAGCCUGACCGCACGGUGCUGUGCCUUUUCUCGUUAUUUUUAUUCUUAUUUUAAUUUUUAACUAUUUAUUUUUAACUCUUCCCCCACUCCCCUUCACCCCCCUAUCUCCGCCCUGCCCGGGGAGCUGCGGGAUGGUGGUCCCGGACCUGUCCCUGCUCCCCCUCCCCGGGGGUCGCUGCCAGCGGUAGAGCACCCCCCGCCAUGGGGCAGGGUGCCACCGGGCAGGGUGCCGUGGGGCAGGGUGCUGUGGGGCCGACUGGAGCCCUCGGCUUGGCCAGAGUCCUGGCGGGGGACAUGGGGAUGACCCCGCAGCUGCUGGACCUGGGGUGCACGGUGCCCCCCGGGGGGGAUGCUCCGAGCCACGGCCGGGGCCUGGAUUGCUGGGAGGUUCGGAACCACAACAGCUCCGAGUGGUGCCACUUCAUCCGCAGCAACCCGGACUGCCAGCUGGAGGGCGGAUUCCUCGACUACCUUCAGGGGGUCUUCUGCGUCUUCCCCCCCCAGCUGCUCCCCUUGGCUGUCACCCUCUACGCUUUCUGGCUCCUCUACCUGUUCAUCAUCCUCGGUGUGACAGCAGAGAAGUUCUUCUGUCCCAACUUGUCAGCCAUCUCCACCAACCUGAAGCUGUCCCACAACGUGGCAGGUGUCACCUUCCUGGCCUUUGGCAAUGGAGCACCAGAUGUCUUCAGUGCUGUGGUGGCCUUCUCCAACCCCCGGACCGCAGGGCUCGCCAUUGGGGCUGUCUUUGGUGCUGGUGUCUUUGUGACCACGGUGGUGGCUGGAGGCAUCGCCCUGGUCAAGCCCUUCACAGCUGCCUCCAGACCUUUCCUCAGGGAUGUCAUCUUCUACAUGGUGGCCGUCUUCCUCACCUUCAUGGUCCUCUACUUCGGCAGGAUCACGCUGGGAGAGGCUCUGGGUUACCUGGGGCUUUACAUCUUCUAUGUCUUUGCCGUGGUGCUUUGUACCUGGAUCCACCAGCGGCAGCGUCGAGAAGGCCUGGCCCCUCCCAGGCCCUGGGAGCCAGAGAUGGCAACAGACACUGAGGAGGGGGAGUCCUCAGGCACAAACAGCGGGGACUAUGGUGAGGAGUACCGGCCCCUGCUCCCCUCCCAGGAGACCUCCCUGCACAUCCUCACCUCUGCCCUCAGCCCCCUGGACUGCCGCAAGUGGAGGAGGAAGCCCUGGUACUGGAGGCUCUUCAAGGUUUUCAAGGUGCCGGUGGAGCUGGUGCUGCUGCUCACUGUUCCUGUUGUGGACCCUGACAAGGAUGACCUGAACUGGAAGAGACCCCUCAACUGCCUGCACAUCCUCACCAGCCCCCUGGUCUGCAUCCUCACCCUCAAGUCAGGCAGCUAUGGGCUGUACCAGAUCCAGGGCAUCUUCCCAGUCUGGGCACUGGUCACACUGGUUGGCUCUGUCCUGGCCAUUGCCAUCUUCUUCACCACAAGCAACGAGGAGCCACCCAAGUACCACUGUGUAUUUGCUUUCCUUGGCUUUUUGGCCAGCGCCAUGUGGAUCAACGCCGCAGCCACCGAGCUGGUGAACAUCCUCCGGACCUUGGGUGUCAUCUUCCAGCUGAGCAACACCGUGCUGGGCUUGACACUGCUGGCCUGGGGCAACAGCAUCGGUGACACGUUCUCUGAUCUCACCAUGGCACGGCAGGGCUACCCACGCAUGGCCUUCUCUGCCUGCUUUGGGGGCAUCAUCUUCAACAUCCUUGUUGGCGUGGGACUUGGCUGCCUGCUGCAGAUGACCAGCACCCAGCUGGUGGUGAAGCUGGAGCCUGACAGCCUCCUGGUCUGGAUCCUGGCUGGAGCUUUGGGGCUGAGCUUGGUUUUCUCCUUUGUGUCGGUGCCAGCUCAGUGCUUCCAGCUGGGCAAGGCCUAUGGCAUCUGCCUCAUCCUCUACUACCUGGCCUUCCUCUGCCUGGCCCUGCUCACCGAGUUCAGGGUGAUCCAUCUCUCUGUUAUCUGACCCGUCCCACACAUCCAUCCCUGGCUCUCCCUCUGUCUGCCCACCAGAUCAGGACCUCCCUGUGCCCUCUCCCUGCCAGGGGAACUCCACCACAUGCUGGAUGCUGGCUGGUUGGUUGUGCUCAGGGAAAGGAAAAGGAGCAGUGGGUCACUAGCUAACCUCCUCACUCCUUUUCAUCUUCUUUAACUCAUGGUGGCUCUGAGCAGGAGUGAGGUUAAGACCUUGGCUUCCUCCCAGCCUGGUGGCAGGGGCAGAGGAGAGGGCAGCUCCAGCCCGGGCUCACAGCAGAAGUUUUACCUCUUCAAGACCUUCACUUUCCCUUCCCAAUCUCCAUCCUGGCUACUGGGGAACAGGGCUGGGAUGGUCAAGCUGCAGGGGGUGGCUCCGUGCAGGGUUUGUCAUUGCAAAGGUCAGGACGUGCUCACAUGGCAGGUUUGAAGUAGCAGCUGACACAAAGCCAGACAGGGUUAAGGUGAGACAGAGCUCCAGGGCAGCACGGGGUUUGAACACAAGCAGAGCUGGAGGAAGAGAAAAAAAAACCCCACCAAACCAGGGUGGCUGGUUGCCCCUCCUUUUUUGAGCUCUAUCUUUCAACUUGGGUUUCAGAUCCUACUUUUCUCCUCCUUGGGUGGACAGAGCUGGAGGAAAGGACCCGGAGGUUUCCACACACAGGGUUAGCCUCAGGCAGGAGGUUAGCUUUAGGCAAUGGGGAAAAAAAAAAAAAAAAAGGAAAUUGCAAUACAUAAACCAAACACAAACCCAACCUUGACUUGUGGUGUUUGCUGUGGGGGUCUUUUCUCCUGCUCUGGACCCAGCACAGCACCUCUCAGCUUGCUUGGAGGCGGACAGGGUUCAUCCUUGGCUUUCCCAGCACUGAGCCAGCAGCAGCAGGAGGUGAACAGGGGGGGCUUUGGGGCCUGACCCCCUCCGUGUUGUCCCCAGCAGCUGGGGCAGUGGUUUCCUCUGGCUUCAGCAGCAGUGGAUUUCCCAAGAGCAGUCACACGUGCCUGGCUCAGGCAUUUGGCUGCAGGGCUGGGAACUGCAGUGUCAGUGGUUCUGUGGCAUGGGGACAGCAUCACUCAGCUCCCCGGGGAUGGGGACACGGGUGGGGGGCAGCCCAAGGGCAGCAGAGUGGUUGGGCUUGGUGCUGCUGCUGCCCACUGGAGACCCUGCAGGGCAUGGGCUGGAAAUCUCCAUGAUGGGGACAGAGAAAUGCCUUCCUGCUGGGCAAGGGGCUGUUUUGCAAGAAGCUCAACUGCCAGACCUGGUUCCUGCUCCCUUCUAG